GGAACGAAACGAGAGUUGGUUGAAUGCCGAAGGGCAGCGCUCCGCACGGCGGCACGGCGUAGACCAGCGUUCCAGCACUACGAGUACGGUGCCGUAGGAUACCGUUUCCGUUCCCCCGUUUCGCACCAUCGCACGCCUCUGCUCCGCACCAGCUGCAGCACCAAUACCAAUACCAACACCAACACGACACCAACACCCUUGUAACAACCCUAACCCACGUACAGAAACACGAACCAAACCACACGGCGAAGAGGAUCAGAUYYAAGAUGAUGGCCUCUCGAUUACCAACAAUGGUGAGUUAGGAAAGAGCUUCAGGCCAACGGAAUCGGCGGAAAGAGAGAGAAGAACCGAUCGAUGGCAAGGAGAAGAAGUGCCGAUGCCCACCCCUAGCGACGAUGCGCGCAGAACGGAAUCCCGCGGAAUCCUCGAGAGUCUSUGGAACCUGACGCUUGGGAUGGAUUGGUUGCGAUUCUCUGUGUGUCUGCGUAACAGUCUGCGUAACAGUCUGCGUGUGCCUUUGUGCGUUUCUGUGUCUCCCUCUUACCAAGCUCGGUUGCAUUCGUUUCCCCGUUUGCCUUUGUCUCGGCCCCCUUUCGGAAUCGCCSUUCCRUUYYGUUCCGUGCUGUYCYGUGCUGCGCUGCAUCGCACCGCUCCGACAGUUCCGGAAGAACGGACUCCCCGCCGCGGCGGCCGCCUUUGCCGCUGCCUCGGCGGCCUCGGCAAGCGUCACCCUGCUGGACGAGGAAGACGUCGUCCACGCCCCGCACUACCCCUGGCGGCACCAGGGCUACUUCUCGUCCUUCGACCACGCGGCCCUCCGCCGGGGCUACCAGGUCUACCGCGAGGUCUGCGCCUCGUGCCACUCGCUGCACUACAUCCGGUUUCGCGAGCUCGUCGGGGUCACCCACACGAAGGAGGAGGUGAAGCAGAUGGCCAUGGACGUGGACGUUCUCGACGGCCCGAACGACCAGGGCGAGAUGUUCGAGCGGCCCGGAAAGCCCUACGACGUGAUCCCCUCGCCCUACCCCAACAAGGAGGCCGGCCGGGCGGCCAACGGGGGUGCCUACCCUCCCGACCUGAGCCUGAUGGUCAAGGCCCGGCACAACGGGGCCGACUACGUCUUUGCCCUCCUGACCGGCUACUGCGAUCCCCCGGCCGGAAAGGAGAUGAUGCCCGGCCUCCACUACAACCCCUACUUUCCCGGGGGCGCCAUCUCCAUGCCACCCCCGCUCAACGACGGCGGCGUCGAGUACGAGGACGGAACCGAGGCCACCAUCUCCCAGCAGGCCCGCGACAUUGCCCAGUUCCUCAGCUGGACGGCCGAGCCGGAGUCGGAGGAACGGAAAAAGAACGCCUGCAAGUACAUGGUCGUCCUGGCCUUUAUGGCCCUGAGCGUCGGCUACUACAAGCGCUGGAAGUGGGCCCCGCUCAAGACGAGACAGAUCGCCUACGUGAAGGGCGUCGGGGGAGCCCCGCACUAGCUCUCGUGUGGAAGAGGGACGGCGUGCGCGGGGACCGGUGGCGACGGAACGACACGGAUCGGAACGACGCGGAUCUGUCUCGAAGCGGAGCGAACCGGAUCCGAUCGGAUCGCAACAAAAAAAAACGAUGCCGUACGGCACGAAACGUCCAAAGAGGACGAACAAAAAAGUCCACAAUACAGUACUUAGAAACGU